GUUUAUUUUUGAAAAUUGUCUAUCUGGAAUGUUGCUGCAGAAUCCAAAGAGGAAUUAUGUGUAGACCUUCAAAGGCAAGAUGUAACUAUCAUAAAUUAACUUUAAACACUCCAACAAAUGCAACUUUAUUGUGUAGCAUUCGUUGGUGGGCCAAUUUGGAAUAAUUAAGAAUCCUAGCCAGGAUUAGUUAAGUGUAACUGUAUGUUAUUCAAGGAGCUUGUAGACAACAUGGACUACCAAAUUCCUGAAAUUAUUGUUUCCUGUGUAGAGGAAAUAGUGGUACAGGAAGUAGAUGAGGGUCAGUCAUGUUUGGUGUGUGGGGACCGUUGUUCAGGCUUCAGGCAACACAAAUGGAGGAGCACAUGUCACACAUGCAAGUGUCCAAGAGAUGCUCAUGAUAUCUACAACGAGAACUUUGUCAAUGUACGGGACAGACUUGGUUGGAAACGGGAAGAUGAUCCUAACUCACAGGUCACAAAGGACCAAACCAUAAAGGAGGGCUACACAUGGGUGCCCCCUGGCCUCUCUAGCGAACAGAUUCAAGACUAUAUGGAUCAGCUACCUAACAACAAGAUACCUGCCAUUGGCUCCCCAGGGGAGAGGUACAGGGACCUGCAGCUGAUUCGGCAGCUGCCCAAACAGGACCUGGCUGUCACCUACAACAAUAUGCUGGCUAAUGCUAUGGAGAAAAAAGAGUAUAAAAUAUUCCAGGAACUCCGUGACAACAUUGCAAUGGAUAUAGGCCUCGUCAAAGAGACUCCAGUUUUAACGAUGUGUUACCUGUGUAAGGGAGAGAUGGAGGAGGGAGAUCUGGCUGUUUAUGCCAGUAAGAUGGGCCAGGAUAUAUGCUGGCACCCGGCCUGUUUUGUAUGUGUCCAGUGUGAGGAACUGCUGGUUGAUCUGGUAUAUUGUCUACACAGUAAAAAGCUCUACUGCCAACGUCACUAUGCUGAACUUAUUCGCCCUCGGUGUCCUGCCUGUGAUGAGUUGAUAUUUUCUGGGGAAUAUACCAAAGCCAUGGAGCAGAACUACCACAAAGACCACUUGGCUUGCCAUAACUGUGAUAAGAAGCUGAUUGCUUGUCGCUACAUCCUCAAAGAGGAGAACCCCUACUGCAUCCCCUGCUACCAGGAGCAGUUCGCUCACAACUGUGAGGAGUGCAAGAAACCCAUUGGUCCUGACUACAAGGACCUAUCGUACAAGGAACGUCACUGGCAUGAGUUUUGUUUCAAGUGUUUUGAGUGCCAGAAAUCCUUGGUUGACCAACCAUUUGCUCCUAAAAAUGAGAAUAUUUUUUGCUCUGAGUGUCAUGAUGACAAGUUCGCUGCACGCUGCGAUGGAUGUGAAAAACCAUUCAGGGGAGGAGAUGAGAGUGCAGGAGUUGCAGGCAUGAAGAAGUUUGAGUACCGCGGUAAACAGUGGCAUGAGGAGUGCUUCUGCUGCAUGGUGUGCAAAGAGCCAAUCAAGAACAAGAGUUUCAUCCCACGCGACCAGGAUGUGGUGUGUGUCCCAUGCUAUGAGGAUCAGUUUGCACAGAAGUGUAGCAAAUGCAGUGGAGUAAUCAACAAGGGGGGUGUGGCCUACAAGAACCAGCCAUGGCACAAGGAGUGCUUCACCUGUUCCAACUGUAGUAUGGAGUUGGCUAAGGAGAAGUUCACCUCACGUGACGAGAAGCCCUACUGUGCUGCCUGCUAUGGCGACCUCUUCGCCAAGAAGUGCUGCAGAUGCUGCAAUGCCAUUACAGGCUUUGGCGGAACUAAAUUCAUCUCUUUCGAAGAUCGCAACUGGCACAGCGACUGUUUCGUUUGUAGCAAGUGUGAAGCAUCUAUGGUUGGCCGUGGUUUCCUAAUGAAUGAGGGAAGUGUUCUCUGUCCCGACUGUGGACGCAGUUAAAGAACUCAGCACUGAUAAUAGAUAAUAUAUUCUGCUGUAAGCCUGUGUCGGGUUAUAGUUAGGUGGAUUUUGGGCAGGAUGUAGGGUAUACAUGGGCAGAUCUCAGAUGUCAUCAAAUCCUUCAAAAUACAUUAAAAAAAUUGUUUAAAAUAAAUUGAACAAAGAAUCAUCGUAAAAAAAAAGCAACAUGUGGAUCUCUGACCAAAGAAAUGAUUCUUUGUACGACCACAGAUUGGAUUUAUGAAAGGAAUUAUAGAUUGAACAAGACCUGUGCCCAAUAGUAUGACUGCAUCCUGCCCUGACCCACUCUCACUAUACGAUGUUAGUACCAAGACAUGCCUUUGUGUGGUUUUGCAACUGAGGAGUGUAAAAGAGACACACCCUAUAAUACUGUCCAUGUUAGAGAUUGAUAUUACAAUAAAUGAUCCAAACGUAGUUAUACGCCUGUUUUUUUGUGAGUUUUACAAUAUAGAAUGAAGCUGACAUAGCAGAUACCUGUACAUAUUCAAAUUAUAUACUCUCAAAUUUUAUAUUAUUCUUGAUAGAAUUUUAUUGUCUUCCUUUUUUUAUCAUAUUUAUAUGAAGUUUGACUGUCGCCAUUAAGAAUUUGAGAAAUGAUGAUGAAAAGGUUUUAAAAUAUGAGAGAAAUCAUUUGUAGUUAUAGUUCUUGCAUUUUCCAGUUAUGGGAAGGUAUGCAUAAUGAAGUGUUUAAUUUUAACUGCAUAUGUGUUUGUUGAAAUUUGGUUUCUCUUGCGUAGUCUUUUUAUCCUGGCAUCUAUGUUUUUACAGAUUAGAUAUGUUGAAUUUUGUUGAUUUAAUAAUGUAUUUAGAACUAAAUUUUAUGUUAACUUUCACAUAAAAAUACAGAAAAAAAUCUUCCAUUACAUUAACAUCAGUUUGAUUUGUCUUGACAUUUUAUGAGAUGCUGCCCUGUAAAUGUUUGGGUUGUACCGUUUCCAAGUGUUCACACUGGGCUGUCGAGAGUUGACAUAUCAAACCUGAAUAUUGACAUAGCUGGUGGUAGAUGUCACCCUGUUUUUCUCUAUGAGAAUGGUGUUGGAUGUCACCCUGUAAUUGGCCGAGUUGUUCAUCUUCUGAGGGUUGACAAGAAAGGUGUUGGAUGUCGCCCUGUAAUUGCCCGAGUUGUACAUCCUUUGAGGGUUGACAAGAAUGGUGUUGGAUGUCGCCCUGUAAUUGCCCGAGUUGUACAUCUUCUGAGGGUUGACAAGAACGGUGUUGGAUGUCACCCUGUAAUUACACCGAGUUGUACAUCUUCUGAGGGUUGACAAGAACGGUGUUGGAUGUCGCCCUGUAAUUGCCCGGGUUGUACAUCUUCUGAGGGUUGAUGAGAAUGGUGUUAGAUGUCACCCUGUAGAGAGGUCUUACAACUUCUGAAGAUUAAUGUUAUAGGAAUAUUCCACUCAUGUUUAUAGACAGUCUUCAUAUUUGUCACUGCCAACAACAUUGCAAUAUCUAUAUACAUAAGAGCAUCGUUAUACUGCCAGUAUAUAUGCCUUACAUUAAAGAAUACUUGUACAGCAUUAUUAAUAAUAUGUGCUUUCUGAAUGUGCUGGUUUGAUAUUUCUGAUGUGUUGCAAUCUUGGUUUGUUUGUGUGUACAUAUGGUGCACUGUUUUGUCAGUGUAUGUGAAGAAUAUGUACAGAGAAAAUUUUGAUAGAUCAACAUGUAGCAGGAAAUAACAUUGAACAGCUUGUAUAAAUUCUAUAUCGAUAACAAGACCAUUACUCAAAUACUCAAUAGAGAUAGAGUUUCAUUAUUGACCACCUAGUCAUCAUAAACAUAGUGUAACCAAAACAUAUAUCUUUAAAAAUUACACUAAUGCCACUCAUUAUCAAGGGGAGAUAAUGGAUCCAUUUUUUAGGAUUGAUGAUAUAUUUUAUGAAAAUAUUUUCCCGUUAAACCAGAGUCUAAGGGCAUUCCAAAUGGUUUUUAUCCAGUUAUAACCAGGAGAUUUGACAUCAUGUACCCGAGAAUCAAAAUUGAAAUACAAGUCCUCAUUUUUAUGAGUGAAUGGUGUGUUGAUAUAUAAUUUUAAUAUAUAAUUCAAAUGCAUACAGCCGUUGUUUUUUUCUGUAUUGAAAUAUCUUUAUGUGUAAUAUAUACCCUUUCCUGCCCUGCACUGCCUUUUUCUUUACCCGCUUUUUCAUUAAAAUCAUCCCUUUAAUUUUUUUUUUUCUAUUUUCCUCACUUCCUCCCCACCAGUUUUACAUUCUUCCACUAUUGUAACUACCCUCCAACAAAAUUAAAACUGCACUUUACAGUGUUCUUUUCAAUACCUACCCUUGUGUGUAUAACAGCGCACAUUUUCUCUAAGUUUUCCACUUCAGCCCUUGCUCUCUAUUGAUUUUCCAACCCCAUUAUUCAAACCAAAUUAUCCUUGUCUCCACCCCUUCCUCUCUUCACAUACCUUUAAAAAACACUCGGUUCAGUAUAAAUCAAUGCCAAAUAUCCAAACCAUAUUGGGCAGGAAAUCUUUAAUGCUUUUGCAAGAUUUUUUGUCAUUAAAAAAAUCAUAUGCAAAUUAUAAUUGUAUGUUUGUUUUCCUGAUGCCACGUCAGCUAUUGCCGUGGUGACCAUUUUAAUGGAUGUUGUUAAUGUUUUUUGCCUGUUUUGUAUUUUCUUUGUUAAUGAAAUGACAACAAAAUAAUACAUUAUGUAAAUAAAAAGAAUGGAAAAUUAUUUGAAUAUGCAAAUAGGCUAUUGAAUAUUGUUAAAUGAUAAAUAUAGAUGUGAUAUAAUAGAGCUUUUGUUGUCCAUCCUUUGCAGAAAAACUCUGCAGAACAGAUGAUUCUUUAUCGGAAAGAAUACUUAAUGAUAGGUUUAGACAAUUAUAGGCAAAUUCAGCAUCAAGAGAAUUUGUUUGAAAGGCUAGAAUGUACAAAUUUCCCACAGAUUACAGUACUAUAUAUAGCUAGUGCACUGUAUAGGGGAGGGAUGGUUUGUGGUUGAAAUAGAUUUGUAUGCUAUGUUAGGUUUCAUUAUAUAUCUGCCGGAGUUUUAAUUAUUACUAGAAAACUUGUCAAGUCAUGGUUUUAAUUACAAUGUAAAUAGGAAAAGAAUUUGAUUAAUGAAAUAUUUAAGAGUCACUAUAUGUCUUAUCUUAGAUAGGUAUUUAUUUUUUAAUUUCAUGUUUUGUUCAUGUCCAGUUAUAUAUAUACAGUGAAACCUGGCUUUACCGACCACUGACUUGAAUGACAUCUUGUUACAUCCAAACAUAUCCAUCGGAACAGCGAAAUGCUCUGGUCAUUGCCUAUACUGAUUUAACCAUCACACUGUCUUAUCCGGCACUCUGACUGGUACCGGUGUGUCGAUAAAGUCAGGUUUAGUUGUAUUCAUCAUCUUGAAAUGUUGAGUCUAUAAUUAUGAUUACUUAAGAGGAAUGAAGUACAUGUAAAAAUGUAUUUUAGGAAAGAAAAGUCUUGGUAGAAAGAUAUGUUCAUAGGAUAUUCAAAUAUAUGCACAUUUGCUGAAUUACAGAAGAUUGUAUAAAGAUAGCAUUCACUAAUGACAUGGAUGACUUUUUUCAUUUUCAUCAUAACACUUAAGGAAUGUUAUAUAAAUGCAUGGUUAGCACUAGUUUGUUCCUGGAGUGACAAAAUAGUUUUCUGGCCAACAGUGAUGUAUAGCCGUUUCUCCAUUACAUUUUACAUGUAAAAAGAUAUCAAUUUUUUACAGUAACUAGACUGCAUGUCGGAUAAGAAGCAGCAUAGAUAAUGUAAUUAUCAAAUUUUUUUACCUUAUACCCAAUAUCAGUAAUUACUGUCUUUGUGUAAAACAAGCAAUAAAAAAAAUGAAAUUUGAAGAAAAAAUGUCAGAUUUCCUUUCUGGAUUAAUUUUGACAAGGAUACAAUAAGUGUUUAUUUUUUAUAGAUAUAGCCAUGAUUGCAUCUAUAUAAACAAAAAUAACACAGAAGCAUGUGUACCUAGUCUACACAUAUAUAGACAUGCCGAUUUCUCCUGUAACCAUGUGACAAUAUGAUACAUGUAUGUACUUUACCUGUCAGAAUCUCCAGACAAUGUUAGUAGUAGAUGCUGAAGUUUGUCUUGAGUUAACACUGUGAUAAUCUAGUUCUGUUCUAUGUCCUAGAAUGUUUCUGUCAAUAUAGUUCAACAAGUGUUGUUAUCUCUUAUCCGUGUAAUGUGAAUCUUGCCCUUUUCAUUUAUCAAAUUGAAGACCUAGGCUCAGAACUUUCACUUUUCCAUGUAUGGAAAGUGCAUGAAAUGGUAAUAGAAAAUGAAGAGAGAUUCGGAAUGAAAAUGCAGGAUUCACAUUACAUGGAUUAUUACGCCUAAACUUUGCGGAGACAAGACACACAGGGGAUCAGGUCUGACCAGAAUUAAGACACAUGGAUAACAAUAAGCAAUAGCAAUGUAUCUUGCUUUUGUGAAUUGGAAUCCUUCCCAAUGGUCUGCAAUGGUUGAUACACUACCCCAAGGCUUAAUGAGAUAUCCUAUCCCACUUCCCCAUACCUGGAUGAAGUGGUAUUCGUCUAGCUCUGCUCCGGACCUAUUCUGGGGAAGUUACCACCACUUGUGAGAGGGUGUGUUAUGGGUGCUGGUAAGCCCCUGUGUGACUUGUCUGUAUCUGUGGUGUUGGGUCUAUAGAUCUACUUUACCUAGAUAAGAAUUACCUAAUGUAUUUAUUAUCCACCACUUGGUGGUUGUUAACUCAAUAAACAAUGCUUGCAUAU